AUGAGAGUGUUAACAAUUCUUUCUUUUUCUUUCCUCCCCCCCUCUCUCUCUCUCUUUAUUUCUUUCUUUUUCUCACUAAUUCCAAACCAAACAUUUGAUAUGUUCUAUUCAUUUUCUACUUAUCUAUCUAUCUAUCGCAGUCUAUUCAUUUUAUAUUUAUCUAUCUCAACCUAUUCAUUUUCUAUCUAUCUAUCUAUCUAUCUAUCUAUCGCAGUCUAUUCAUUUUCUAUCUAUCUAUCGCAAUCUAUUCAUUUUCUAUCUAUCUAUCUAUCUAUCUAUCUAUCUAUCUAUCUAUCUAUCUAUCGCAGUCUAUUCAUUUUCUAUCUAUCUAUCGCAAUCUAUUCAUUUUCUAUCUAUCUAUCUAUCUAUCUAUCUAUCUAUCUAUCUAUCUAUCUCAACCUAUUCAUUUUCUAUCUAUCUAUCGCAGUCUAUUCAUUUUCUAUCUAUCGCAAUCUAUUCAUUUUCUAUCUAUCUAUCUAUCUAUCUAUCUAUCUCAACGUAUUCAUUUUCUAUCUAUCUAUCUAUCUAUCUAUCUAUCUAUCGCAGUCUAUUCAUUUUUUUAUCUAUCUAUCUAUCUAUUUUUCUCAAUCUAUUCAUUUUCUAUCUAUCUAUCUAUCUAUCUAUCUAUCUAUCUAUCUAUCUAUCUAUCUAGUUCAGUUCAUGUAG